AUGUUGGUGGGGGACCGUCUGUUCUUUGUGAUGGAGUAUGUGAACGGAGGAGACCUAAUGUUCCAGAUCCAGCGCUCCAGGAAGUUUGACGAGGCGCGCUCUCGCUUCUAUGCCGCCGAAGUCACGUCUGCCCUCAUGUUCCUUCACCAACAUGGAGUAAUCUACAGAGAUCUGAAACUGGAUAACAUCCUGCUGGAUGCACAGGGCCACUGUAAACUGGCUGACUUUGGCAUGUGUAAGGAGGGGAUCCUCAACGGAGUCACCACCACCACCUUCUGUGGGACCCCAGACUACAUCGCUCCGGAGAUCCUACAGGAGCUAGAAUAUGGCCCCUCUGUGGACUGGUGGGCUCUUGGGGUGCUUAUGUAUGAGAUGAUGGCUGGCCAGCCCCCCUUUGAGGCCGACAAUGAGGAUGACCUGUUUGAGUCCAUUCUCCACGAUGAUGUCCUCUACCCAGUGUGGCUAAGCAAGGAGGCAGUCUCCAUCCUCAAAGCGUUCAUGACGAAGAGUCCCAAUAAGCGUCUGGGCUGUGUGAUCACCCAGGGCUUGGAGGAGGCCAUCAAGGUUCAUCCCUUCUUCAAGGAGAUCGACUGGGUUCUGCUGGAGCAGAAGAGGGUCAAACCACCUUUCAAACCUCGCAUUAAAACCAAAAGGGACGUGAACAACUUUGACCAGGACUUCACUCGCGAGGAGCCUGUCCUCACCCCAGUAGAAGACGCCAUUAUUAAGCAGAUCAACCAAGACGAGUUCAAGGGUUUCUCUUACUUUGGAGGGGAGGAUAAUCUGUCCUAAGGCCUGCACACACACCAACACACACACCAACACACACACACACAAACAUGUAUAGACACACAUACAUGCAGGAACACUGACAUACACACACAUUCACGAACACACAUACAUACAUACAUAUAUAUACAUACAUACAUGUAUUUUCUCCCAAGCAGACAGAACAAUACACACAGAGUACAGCAUUACAUAAACACACUAAAGGCCAUUAGGGCCUCAGCUAAACCAUCUACAGCUUAGUACCAAUUUCAAAACGUAAACCAGACCAUCUACAGCUUAGUACCAACUUCAAAACCUAAACCAGAACAUCUACAACAUAGUACCAACUUCAAAACCUAAACCAGACCAUCUACAGCUUAGUACCAACUUCAAAACCUAAACCAGACCAUCUACAGCUUAGUACCAAUUUCAAAACCUAAACCAGACCAUCUACAGCUUAGUAACAACUUCAAAACCUAAACCAGACCCUCUACAGCUUGGUACCAACUUCAAAACCUAAACCAGAACAUCUACAACUUAGUACCAACUUCAAAACCUAAACCAGACCAUCUACAGCUUGGUACCAACUUCAAAACCUAAACCAGACCAUCUACAGCUUGGUACCAACUUCAAAACCUAAACCAGACCAUCUACAGCUUAGUACCAACUUCAAAACCUAAACCAGACCAUCUACAGCUUGGUACCAACUUCAAAACCUAAACCAGACCAUCUACAGCUUUGUACCAACUUCAAAACCUAAACCAGACCAUCUACAGCUUGGUACCAACUUCAAAACCUAAACCAGAUCAUCUACAGCUUAGUACCAACUUCAAAACCUAAACCAGAACAUCUACAGCUUGGUACCAACUUCAAAACCUAAACCAGACCAUCUACAGCUUGGUACCAAUGCAUAGUGCAAACUGUAAUGUUUCGUGGAGGGGCUGUUUUUCAUGGUUCG